AUGAGGGCUGCAAACAAAAUGAAAGAGCACCUGCUGAAAAUACUGAUAAUAGGAGACGGAAACGUUGGGAAGUCUUCAUUUGUGCAUCGCUACGUCCAUGGCCAGUUCAACAGAACAUACAAAAUGACAGUAGGAGUGGAUUUCUCUGUUAAGAUGCUGCACUGGUCAGACAAAGAAAAGGUCAGAGUUCAACUUUGGGAUCUUGCAGGCCAGGAACGUUUCAUCUCCAUGACCAGAAUUUAUUAUAAAGGAGCGGUGGGCUGCGUUGUGAUGUUUGAUGUCACUGACUCAUCAAGCUUCCUCACGUGUCGCCUGUGGAAACAAGACCUGGACAACAAGGCCAUGCUGCCCAACGGAGGCUCCAUCCCCUGCAUCCUGCUGGCGAACAAGAGCGACCUGCCUGAGUGGGCCGUCCCAGCAGACCGCAUUGAGGCGUUCUGCAAGGCCAAUGGCUUCUUCACAUGGAUGGCAACUUCAGUCAAAGACAACAAGAACAUCGACGAGGCAAUGAGGAGUCUGGUGGAGGAGGUUCUGUCCAUUCAGUCCAGUUUGGAUCCACUGCCACCCAAAACCGAAGACGGUGUUCACCCAGAGCAGGAGCCGCAGCUCGGCAACAGUGCAGAGAAGAGUUGCUGCUGAGGCAACAAAGGUUAUCACGGAUCAAAUAGCAGAAGUAAAAGGAGCAGAGGAAGAGGCUGUGAAUAAAUUUCGUUGGGAAGGAAGGCCUGCAGGUGUGGAUGAGCUGCAGAUGAAAAGUGCUUCUCCUCCGACACGCUGACUCAUUCAGACGCAUGAGCCUGAAAGAGCACACGCUAAAACCAGCCGUGUGCGUGGAUCCGCUCUGCUUUCCAGUAAGACGAAUGAUGAGUGGGUGUUGUUGGGUGUUUGACAGUGUGAAUCACACAGGCACAUGGAUACGCAUGUGCCUCAGAGAAGCCUUGCAAUGCCAGAUUUUUAUUUUUUUAUUUUGCAGAGAAAGUGUUCAUGCAUAUCAUGCAGAGGAAAAAAGAGGCUUUUAUUAAGAUUAGAAUCCCCUAGAAAUAGAAAAUUAUAUCUGGAUGGUGCAUACAUUUACUGAUUACUACAUUUAUUGUAUCCAAGAUUAAUUUCAGGACCAAACCAGUUUGAACUCUGACUUGAACGCCUCACGGUUCUCCUGAAGGACAUGAAGGUUAAACCUUCACAUUUUAACCUUGUCAUAUUAUAUUAUCUCUUCAUGUAUUGACCAACAUAUUUGAUGUAUAUUCAUCAUUUUGAUGAUGGCACUCGACAAAAUAGAGUUUUCGUAGUUGUUUUUAUUUUUGUGUUUUUAUAAUGUAAAGCAUUUUGAACUAGUUUGCCACUGAAAUGUGCAUUACAAAUAAACUUGACUCACUGAGGAACAGCUGAGGGGCAGAAACUGCAGACAGUCACAUUAAAGCCGAGGCUGUCAUGGUUGAUAGCAUCCAAUUUCACAAACUUGGAAAAUAUGAACAUCGUCCAUCCCACACCUGAUUAAUCCAUCUAGUGUUGACAGUAAAAAGAAGAAAAUGAUACGUUUUUGCUUUAGGAUGAUAUGGCUUUGUAUCAAAAAGUGAUCAACAGCAGGAUGAUAGGUGGAAAAGACAAAAACAACAGAAAGUGUAUUUUUUGUAUUGCUUUAUUAUUUUUUAUUAUAAUAAAGCAAGAUGGUCUGAUGAGUUUAUUAUUAUGGGAUUUUAACUGUUCUUAUUUAAUGGAAAUUUAUUCAACUUUAGUGCAAUAUCAACUUUAGUGUUGUGCACAUUUUUAAUGGAAAUGCAGCUAAUGGUUGAUAAAAUUUGGAAUAAAAUUUGUAUAUUUGCUCUUUCAGAGAGAAUAUUCAAUAAAAUUUAUUUAUUUGCGCAACAGACAAAAGUAAAAUCAAGAAAGAAAAAAAAAGAAAAGUUAAAACAAAUUAACUUUGUUUUAACCUAAGUGAUAUGCAAUUUUUUUAUUAUCUGUUCAAAAAGGAGCAGGUAGAAGACACAAGAUAUUAUAAUGUCCUGCCCCUUUCAUAUUUAUCAACUUAUAAUGAAUUAAAUGUCAAAAGGCCAACAAGACUUAAGUUAUUUCCACCUCAUAUGAUAUUUAAAUCUCACAUUCUCACAUUCGUACAAUUAUUUAAACACUUUUUAUAUCAUCAACAGCAUUUAUGGACUUUUUUGAACAUAUUUCCCAUACGCUCCUUUUUAAACAGUUUUUUGAGCUGGUUAAAAAGGAGCUAAUUGGGAAAUAUGAACUAUGCAUGGGUUUGAUUUAGGUUCAGAAAUAUAUGAAUUGAUCAGUCAAAUCCUAUAGAAAUAUUCAGAUUCACAAAUUUAAAACAUAAUUCAGUCAAGUUCAGUUUAUGAUGGCGACUGGUAAAGAAAAGUUUUCUAUCUGAUGUAGCAGGUUACAUUAAGUCCUGUUCUGAGGCAUUGACAUGUUCACUGGUGAUCCAGGAAACUCCAGGUAAUCCUCGGAGUUUUGUCUUUUUUUUGAGAAAUCCUGAUAAAAAACUGUAAUGUAAAUAUUUUUGCAUUACAGUUUUUAAGUCAAAUUUUUAAAAACUGUAAUGCAAAAAUCAUUACAGUUUUUAAGUCAAAUUGUUUGGUAUGAAAGAGUUACUAACAUCAGUUUAAUGUUGGAUUUGAAGAAUAAAUGGAUGUAAUCCUGAAAACCAUGGGUUGUGACGCUGGUUGGUGAAUUCUCUUAGCACAGCAGGUGCGGCAGUCGCCACCUCGCGCUGAUGAAGAAACCCACGUAAGCUGCAACCUGACAUGCAGGGCUCUGGCCAGGGUUAUUUGUGGUCUGGCUGCGCAGCGCCUCUCGGUGUGUUGUCCUUUUAUUGCCUCAGGCUGCCGUCAGAAUGAGAACCCAGGAAAUGUUUCCCAUCAAGAUGCAAAAAGAAACAUUACUGCUGCAUCAUUCAUUCAUUGUUGAUUCACAUCUGCAUGCAAACACAUAAGCAAACUUACAGAAUAAACUGCACUUAGUUGUUUUUUUUUUCAUGUUUUUUGAAUAAAAUUGAAUAAAAGCAUUAAAAUUUC